AUGGAGGCAGGGGAGAUACCCCCUGACAGAAUCCCUGCUGUACAUCCUCAUGCCGUGCCAUCAUAUGACCAUCUGCAUAGUGAGUGGCACGACGAACGAUCGUCACAGGAUAUAUCUGGUACUAUUCAUUCCCCCGCGCUGGAAUGGCCAGGCGAUGCCGGAUCACCUCCCUGGGCUGCGCAGCCAUCGGAUAACUCCCCUCAUCCCCCUCCUAAACCAUCUUCGAGGUUGUUCGCCCACGCCCCGGCGUCUCUGCGACUUCUCGUGCAGAAAACUUCUGUCUUGCCGAAGAGGCAGACACUCGCAGUCAUCGAUGGCUACUCGGAAGUCCAAUUUGGUCGCGACAUUGCCCCGCCCGGCAGCGACACUCCGCGCUUACGCCUGAAGGAGAUGGAGGUAUCGAAGCUGCAUGCAACAAUGUAUUGGGACCAGAAGCGGGAGGAAUGGGCGGUGGUGGACAUGGGCUCGAAGCAUGGCACGUUUCUUAGGUCUUCUGGCUCUGCGCCGUUUGGUGGGGUGCAGGGUGCAGGUUAUUCUGUGGCACCUGACAUGGACACGUCGUGCUCAGAGGAGAAGGGUUUCCGUUUGUCUCCACCCAGAGUUGCAAGCAUUCCCCGCCGUCUGCGACAUCUCGAUCGCCUCAGUGUUGGAAGUACGACGUUCGCUGUUCACCUUCAUGACGACCAGAUGCCGUGUGUCGACUGUUCGCGGCAGGAGGGCAAAGAAAUACCUUUGUUCGCUGUACGUAGGGUGGAGCGCUAUGCCGAAGCGAACAAGAAGCGCGAGCUGGAAGCGACGAAUGCUCCACUGACGGUUUCUAGCCAAAGUGGAGCGGCAGGAGAACGGAAUCCGAAGCGUGCGCUGACGAUGCUGAAACGGAGCUUGCUGUCGCGUCACGAUUCACCGCCCACUAGGGAGCCAACACCGCGAUAUGUUGACAGGAGUGCACGGCGACGCGCCCUACAUCCUCAUAUUCCGCUCGACACCCCACACUCACAUCUGCAGACGAAAUUUUCACCAUCGCCAGCCUCUUAUCCCGUAUCUCGUUCGGAAUCACCAUUCGCUUCAAUACCGACUUCUUCAAGAUCGGCCCCUCCCACUCCUUUGCCGGAUACAAAUGUCGGACAUCGUCUUCUCAUGAAGCAAGGCUGGCAGCCAGGUACGAGUCUUGGCCAGGCUGAAAGCGGUGGCCUCGCUCUGGUCGAGCCUCUUGAGGUGAGCGGUAAUGUCGGCAGAGCAGGGCUGGGUAUGAGCGCUUCUGCAGCUCUUCCACCUGGCGUUGGAAACGUUGAAAUCGAAUGGAAAGAGGAUGGAAAGUUCAGACGUUGGGCAAGUCUUAGAACGGAAGAUAUCGCGAGAUAA